ACCAUUACCUGUUUGUUGUUGUCGCCAAUAACAUCUACGAUCAUCUUUCUACCGUCGUCACCCACCCACCACCAUUUGCAGCCACAACCACCUACCCGCAGCAAACAACUGGCCACAAGUGCAGCCACCGAAAAACCUCGCUUUUUGUAGUCCAAACCUGCGUGUAGCAGUUUUGCAGAGUCAGUCAUGGCGACCACGCCUGCGCCGGAGAUUGACCCCAGAAGCGGCUAUUGCAUUGCGACGAAGACAUUCCACAGCCUCUACCCUCGGUUCACUCUUCCGUGCGAGUCCCUCCCACUCUCAGUAGCUUCCUUCGCUAUAUCCCUCCUACCCACCCCUCUUCCAACUAACCCCGCAUUCAUCGACUCCGAAUCUGGCCGCUCUCUCAGCUACCCGGAAUUCCUCUCUCAAGCUCGAGUCCUUGCAGCCAACCUUCUAUCCCGCCUCAGCCUAUCCCCCGGGGACGUGGCACUCAUCCUCUCACCCGCUCGCCUCGAGAUUCCGAUCCUCUACUUUGCUCUCCUCUCUAUCGGCGCUGUACUCUGCCCAACUAACCCUUUCAGCACCCCUUCCGAGCUUUCCCGUCAGAUUCACCUCGUUCGACCGAAGAUUGCCUUUGCUAUCUCCGCCGCUGCGCCUAAUCUUCCCGAUUCUCUCCUCACGAUUCUCAUAGACUCACCCCGCUUCCAAUCACUCAUCCAAACCCCUAAUUCCCCUCUCCCGCCAGCACCGGUGGUCAGACAAUCGGACUCAUCCGCGAUCCUUUACUCGUCCGGUACGACGGGGCGGGUUAAGGGAGUGGUCCUCACCCACCGCAACCUCAUCGCGCUCCUCCACUCUGCAAAGCUUGAGCGGGACCAGCCGGCGGUGGUACUCUUCACAAUUCCAUUGUUCCACGUCUUCGGUUUCUUCAUGCUGCUGCGGAUGGCAGCAUCGGGGCAGACGUCAGUGCUUACGGAACGGUUCCAUUUUGCCGCGAUGUUGCAGGCAGUGGAGAAGUAUCGCGUAACCUUUAUGCCUGUCUCGCCACCGCUCCUGCUGGCAAUUUUGAAGUCCGAUGAGGUUGGUCGGAGGGACCUCUCAUCUCUGGAGUCUCUUGGAUGUGGCGGUGCGCCGCUCGGCUGCGAGGUUUCGGAACGCUUCCGCGCUCGCUUCCCUGCCAUCCAAAUCAUCCAGGGUUAUGGGCUUACCGAGACGGGGGGCGGGAUUACAACUCCGGUAGCGACCGAAGUGUUGGGGUUGGUGGGCAGGAUCUCGGCGAAUCUUGAGGCGAGGAUUGUAGAUCCAGAUUCGGGGGAGGCGUUGCCCCCGGGCAAUAGGGGUGAACUCUGGCUUCGUGGGCCGACCAUUAUGAAAGGUAGUUCCUUGUUUGUUCUAUGUUAGCAGUGGCCUAAAUUUCGUUGUUGAUAGUUGAGAGAAGCAUUGGAU